UCGCAGAUGAAGCCUAUAAAAAGCCCGUUAUUUCCACAAAGCCUUUACCUUGCUGUAGAUAAAUAUAAGAAGAUCUGAACUGCCUUUCCUCCUAGCCUGAUAACGCGUUGUUUGUUUUCUUCAUCAAAGAAACGAUGACGAAAAAGCACGGAGUGUUAAACAUUUUUAAAAAGAAUGCCAAAAAGAGCCAUUCUCCAGAGAUUCCCACUUUUAAGCAGAAUCUGAAAGCUCAUCGUUUUGUGGAUGCAUGCAAGCAGCUGAUUCUCAGAGAAGACCGCCUGUUUGUACUGAAACAGGAUGGGAUUGGAUCCAAAAUGGAGCUGGUGGAGGAAGAGGAAGAUUCCGAAGCAAGGCUAGUAAAAGACUAUGAGGACUUGCUGGAGCGUGUGAGGCAGACGCUGGAAAACUCCCUGGAGCUCCAGAGCAAAGAGGAGCAGGAGAUGUUGAAAGAAGCUGUGCAUGCCGUCCUGGAGGAGGAGAAGCAGGACAUUCGCUGGGAGGGCUUUCAGGAAAAGCAACGACCAUCAUGGAGGCCUAGAAGAUGUAAACAGAUCCACGAGGCUCUCCUGGAGAAGCUGGUUGAGAGGCGCAUGGAGGAUGCACCGGUAGACUCAAUGCAGCAGGCGAUCAUCUGCAAAGCAAAACGACUGAAAGAAGACUUGCUGAAAGUUGUGACGUGGGUGAGCGGCUGCUAUCCGGAACAGGAGAAUGUGUGCCAGUUUUAUGCCACACUGUAUCAUAAGGCCUUCGCUGCCAGACUGAGGGAAGUGGCAGAGUACACAUUGUGUGACAAAGACUGUGUGCUAAUAUUGCAGUGGGUGAACCAGGAUUACCCCAGCAUUCUAAAUAUCAGAGAAAUAAAAGAAAUGAUCGAUCAAACAAAGCUUGAUCCGCUGCUUCCCGAAGACUUGCUUGCACCACUGGAACAGCAGUUUUUAUCCAACGAGGAGAGGGAAGUGAGCACAUGCCUCCACAAUAUUCUGCAAAGAGAAGAAACAGCCUGGAAGGAUGGAGAUCUUCCACAGUUGAUGGACCAGGUGUACUGUUGUCCUCAGGCCAUCGAUGUGAUCCAGUGCUUUCAUAGACAUGUAGAGUUGACUGAACAGCUGCUUGGCGAUAAGACAAAAGCACGGAGGAUCACUUGCCAGAUGAGCAAUUUUCUGAAAGAUUAUAGAGCUUUUCAUGCAAAAGUCAUUAAGAGCAAGCAGCCCAACACUGAGGCCGUUUUGAUGGUCAACCUCUCAUACCUUAUACAGUGCAGGGACUACAUAAGGAAUGCACAUCUGUUCCCUGAAGAUGUCAAAACAGAUUGCCUGUCUUUACUGACAAGUAUGACAGAAAGCAGCCUCUGUUACUUCACUUCUAACAUGCACAGGGAGAUGAAGGACUUGUACAAGAAGGUGGGCUCCAACGAGUGGCUCAAGAACAGCGAAGGCGUAUGUGAGGAGCUGCUUGCAAAGCUGGGCAGACAUAUUCAGAAAUUCAACAACUUGGACAAAACAUGUUGCCAGGAGCUGCUGGGUGGAAUACAUAAGGAGUUUCUAGCUGAAUAUAUACGGAAAAUGAUGAAGCAAAAGAUCAAACUUUCCAAUAAAGUACAGCAACAGGCGGCAGCAUCAGCACUCUGCUUCAACAGUGAAUGCAUACAUGCUUUCCUCACUUCAGCUGGUUCAGACAUGGACUGGUUGAAAGACAUUCUUCCAAAGUUAGCAGGACUGCUGAAACUUCAGGAUCCAGACAGCGUGAAGUUAGAGCUGGUGAAUCUGAUGAGAGCUUACCCUGACCUCAGUGAGCGUCAUAUUUCUGCUUGGCUGAAACUCAAAGGAAAUCUUUCUUCGUCAGACCUGAAGAUGAUCCUGAAAAGUGUCGCUUGCAGCCAAGAGGAGAUGAGUGGAAAUCAGGACUUGCUUGAUUUUAGCAGGAGCUUUUUUUCCAUUGUGAGGAUUAAAUGAAUUGCGCUUCAUAAAAAAACAUUGCUUUUGUAAGUUUGCCUGCUAUUGUAUAAUUGCUUGUACCUUUUUUGUAAAUAUUUAUGUUUUUUUAUGUGGAACUAAAAAUGGCAAAUCACCAAUUAUAUAUGUAUAUUUACUUCAAUUUUUGUUUAUUAAAAUAUCCUGCUCUGUGAUACCAUUGUAAUGUGAUCAAGAAAAAUAAACCUCAGGGAAUUUA